GAUAAUUUAUUUUAUAAGAUUUAUUUAAAGAACUUAGUUAGGUUUAUUUGUAAAUAUUAGAUUUAUUUAAAUAACUUAGUUAGGUUUAUAUAUAUUAGAUUUAGUUAAAGAACUUAGUUAGGUUAAUCUCUAUUUAAAGAACUUAGUUAGGUUCAUUUCUAUUUAAAGAACUUAGUUAGGUUCAUUUCUAUUUAAAGAACUUAGGAAGCUUAAUUUCUAUUUAAAGAACUUAUAAUGUUUAAAUUUAUUUAAUUCGCUUUAUCGCCGGUGGGGGAGAGGCGAAAUAUAUGAUUUAGCAUGAUUAAUUGCGUUGAGCAUGUUUUAAUUAUAAUUAAGCAUGAUAGUUUCGCCGGUGGGGGAGAGGCGAUUAAGUAUGAUUGUGAUUAAUUGGAGUUUGGGCCGCCGGUGGGGGAGAGGCGGAGGCGGUAGCAAUGACUACCGCCUUGGUUUUGUUGUUGUGUUGAAAUUUCAAUCUUCAAUCAUCCUUCUUGAAAUCCUAAUCUUGGAGGUCGAGAGGCGAUUGGCAGAGCUUCGCCAAACACAGGAAGAGGUCACGCCCGUAGAUGUAGAGCGCAUCUUCCGAGAGGUCGUCGCUCCUGAUUCGAGGGGGCGCAUCAUGGGAUUAGGCAUGAUGAUGUCUAGGGCGAUUACUGAGAGCGGCGAGUCGUCGAGCACGCACUCCACUAGCACCUCCCAGUUUCCUUUCCCUGUUGCCUCGAGAGAUGAGCUCAUUACAUUGAGGGAGGAGCUGAGCUCCACACAGAGGGAGCUAGAGGUCAGGAGAGCGAGCGAGGAGGCUCAGAGCAAGGCUAUACAGGAGAUGCAAGCCCAGAUCGCCCUCCUCAUGCGAGGAUAUCAUGCACAGUCCCCCUCCGACGCCUCUGAUGGGACCCACCCGGACCUCUGAUUAUAUUAUUUACUAUCGUUUGUUUGAUACUAUACUUUGAAUACUGAAUUUCUAAACUUGUUGACAUAUUUUAUGAUUUGCUACUUUGUUAUAUUUGAUGUCUUUCUACUUUGCUCAUCUUCAUGAUUUUGAAUAAUUU